ACGAUGGUAGCAGUUGGCCUGACCAUAGCAGCAGCUGGAUUUGCAGGUCGUUACGUGUUAAAAGCUAUGAAGCAAAUGGAGCCACAAGUGAAACAAGCACUUCAGAAUCUACCGAAAUCUGCCUUCAGUGGUUAUUACAGAGGUGGAUUUGAACCCAAAAUGACUAAACGAGAAGCAGCUUUAAUACUAGGAGUAAGUCCUACAGCCAAUAGAAAUAAAAUUAGAGAAGCUCAUAGGCGGAUCAUGCUUCUGAAUCAUCCGGAUAAAGGUGGCUCUCCGUAUGUGGCAGCCAAAAUCAACGAAGCUAAAGACUUACUGGAAGACCAAGCUAAAAAAUGAACACAGGAGAUAAUUCAGUGGGCUUGUUCAUGUAAACAAUUAUUUUUUGAUAAAUGACUUAAGGAAAGUUGCAAUGUCAGUCUCUGACUUGAUAUAAAUGAAGCUUUAAAAAAAAAAAAAAAAGAAAAAGAAAGAAUCCAGGGAGAUAUUUCCCCUGCUCAUCUACUCAGGCCCUUUUGGGAAGGUACCUGAGGGAAAGAGGCUUGCAAGCUUGUGUUUUUUGGUUUUUUUUGUUUUUUUUUUUUAAAGUUACUCUUCAGUUGAAGUAAAAUCUACCACUCAUCACUAUUUUCACAGUGGAAAAUGCAAUAGGUGGUUUGGACAAUUAUUCUUGCAUUUUACCAGAUACACUGAUACGCAGUUGAUAUAACUUCUAUUAAACUAGCUAUGUUUCAAGUUCA